UUUUAGUGUCCAUUGUCUGAAAUCUUUCAUCACACAACCUGUGACCUCUCCAGCAACUCUCCAUCCCAUGUGUCUCCUCUUGUGCUGUUUAGUCCAUUCUGUCUUUCUAUGGGGGCAAUGAGUUGAAAGAAGUUGUAGCUGCACACAUACUGCAGUACAAAGAUGGGUGACACAAAGAAAUUUGACAGUUUCAAUGUGCAUAUGAUGGCCAAGGCAACAGCUACAUCACAUGUAUUCUUCUCCAACAGUCCACUGAAAUAUCUAGAUAGUACCAAUGCUACAAUGACUUCCACGGUUGUAACAACAGGAGCAAUGACCACACUGACGACAUCAACAACUGAUGCUCACACAACUCCCAAUUUUGAGCCCUUUGCUAACACAACUUUCCAAGAAGAACCAUUUUGCUUACAAGUCCUUUACAAAGAUAUAAAGGAGAGGGUUCGAAUUUGGGAUUUGAUAAUUUUAAUCCCAAAUGUAUUAUUUUUAAUCUUCCUUUUCUUCCGGUCCAGAAAUGCUAUUGUCAAAUUACGGAAUAAAAAUAGUCCAAUAUUUCUAGUCUUUUAUGCUUUGGUGGUAUUGGUUGUUGGUAUAAGUAUUUUACGCUGUAUCGUAGCCAUGACCGUCAAUGCAUCCUUGGAAGCUGGUGAUGAUGCUGACAAGAUUUUAUGGCUUAUUUUAAGAUUUUUCCUCCUUACGACUGAGUUGUCAUUGGUCAUUUUUGGAUUUGCUUUUGGUCACCUUGAUAGUCGAACAAGUAUCCAAAGAGUCUUACUUGUUACCUCUGCCAUUGCGUUAUGCUAUUCAACAACACAGGGUGUACUGGAGUUUUAUCCUCCCAAAGAUACAAUAUUCAAACAUAACAACAUAACACAACGAGAUUAUGAUUUGUUUGGCCAUGGUGGAAUGGAGUUCUGGUUUACAAGUUCAAUGUUCUUCUUCUUGGUGUACACAGUUAUUACUGUCUUGCCACAUACAAACAUUCGUUACAAACUCUUUUUACCAACCAAGAGAAGUUUUUAUUAUUACUGUGCUCUGCUCUCCGUUUUAAAUUGUCUGCAAGCCAUAGGAAGUGCCAUGCUGUAUUAUGAAUAUAUCAGUGGGCUUUGUAUUGUUGAUAUCACCACAUAUUUGUAUUUCUCAUUUUUUGAUCCACUCGUCUAUGGAACAUUUCUAAAAGAACUUUUUGAAGCUACCAGUCCCAGCAUACCCUUCUCCUACAGACCUCAGCUUGAUGAAACUGGAGAAGACGACACUGUCAACUUGCCUUACCAUGGGUCGCAGGUGAAGGUGUAUGCCGAUGACACAGGUAGUGCCAGUGGAAGUUAUGACAGCACUCAUUUCGACAAGCAAAUCAGUAUGAAUCCGUCCAUUAACUCAACCAGUGUCCACAUCGGCAACCCAGUCCUUCAGAUCAACAGUGACUAUUACCAAAGUUAUUCGUGAGACUGUCUAGCAAUGUGGCAAAAGACAUUGUUUUAUUGUAGCAGCUGUAACUGGACUAAAGGAUGAUUUCUGAAGACUCUGUUGAAUGUUUUUUCUCCUUCCAUUCAUUCAUCAGCCCCACUCAUUCUCUAUAAUAUGUUACAUGGCAAUUACUACUUUCCAGAAAGUUUUAAUUACAACACACACACACACAGACACACACACAGACACACACACACAUAUAUAUUUAUACAUACAUAUAAACACAUCUUUAAAAAUAGGUGUGCAUAACCUAAGCAUAGAAAGAAAAUAAUCAAUGAAAUUAAGAUAUGAAAAACAAGAGAAACACAAAGAACAAAAACUAAAAAAAAACAAAGAAAAUAACAAGGCGAACAUAUUCCCCCCCCACACUCAUGAAAAAACAUCAACAAUAACAGGACAACAAACAGCGAAAAUAGAUUCAGAAGAAAAUAGAAAUAUCUUCAGACUUGAAUCUUUCCUCUGAGUUACUGAGUUCAACUUUGAACUAAUUAGUUAUUUCAAUGAACAAAGAGUCAUGGUGUAAGACAAAGUAAGAAAAAGUUAACAUAAACAAUACAUUAUUUAUCUAUCUUACACAUAAACAAACAAACAAACAUUGUGUUCUCCAUCAAAAUUACAGAAUCAAUCUUUGUUCUGAGUAUCUAAACUGUAACUUUUCUUUUUCUAUAAACUACAGAUACAAUAAAAGUAUAACUUUACAAAGCA